AGCCCUCAGAAACAAAAGACCAGAGGGGACUCUCCACCCACCAGCCAGACGCCUCCUCCCCAUCGCCAGCCCCCACCCCCUGGCUGCUCCUGCCCCGGAAAGGCCUGGAAGAAGAGGCCAGGGAAACAGCCCUGCCUACUCUCCCCCAUCCCUCCAUCCAUCCAAGCACCGGCAUCUGGAGAUCCCAUGGCCUGGGCUCGCUGGGGCUGCUGCCCCUGGCUUGUCCUCCUCUGUGCUUGUGCCUGGGGCCACCCAAAGUCAGUGGACCUGCAAGGAGAGGAUGUGAGAAACUGUUCAACCAGCCCUCCGUACCUCCCAGUUACUGCAGUCAAUACCACAGCGCAGCUCGUGGCCCUCCGCCAGCAGAUGCACACCCUGAAUCUCUCUGCGUACAUUGUCCCCGACACGGAUGCCCACAUGAGCGAGUACAUUGGUGAACACGAUGAGAGGCGUGCGUGGAUUACAGGCUUUACGGGGUCCGCAGGAAUCGCAGCGGUGACCAUGGGGAAAGCAGCUCUCUGGACUGACAGUCGCUACUGGACCCAGGCUGAGCGGCAGAUGGACUGCAACUGGGAGCUCCACAGGGAAGUUGGCACCACUCUCAUUGUCACCUGGCUUCUCGAUGAGGUUCCUGCUGGAGGGCUUGUGGGCUUCGACCCCUUCCUCUUCUCCAUUGACUCCUGGGAGAGUUAUGACACGGCCCUCCAAGGCUCUGACAGACAGCUGGUGUCCAUCGAAGCCAACCUCGUGGACCUGGUGUGGGGGUCAGAGAGGCCUCCGGUUCCAAACGAGCCCAUUUAUGCCCUGCAGGAGGCGUUCAUAGGGAGCACCUGGCAGGAGAAAGUAGCUGACAUCCGCAGCCAAAUGCAGGAGCAUCGCGAGGCCCCGACUGCCGUCCUCCUGUCAGCGCUUGAUGAGACGGCCUGGCUCUUCAACCUGCGCAGCAGUGACAUCCCUUAUAACCCCUUCUUCUAUUCCUACACGUUGUUCACGGACUCCUCCAUCAGGUUAUUUGUAAACAAGAGUCGCUUUAGCUCCGAGACCCUGCAGUACCUGAACUCUAGCUGCACGGGCUCUAUGUGUGUGCAACUCGAAGACUACAGCCAAGUCCAGGACAGCGUCAAGGCCUAUGCCUCAGGAGACGUGAGGAUCUGGAUCGGGACCAGCUAUACUACAUACGGGAUCUAUGAAUUGAUACCCAAGGAGAAACUCAUAGAAGACACCUACUCCCCAGUGAUGGUGACCAAGGCGGUGAAAAACAGCAAGGAGCAGGCCCUCCUCAAGGCCAGCCACGUGCGGGACGCCGUGGCCGUGAUCCGCUACUUGGUCUGGCUGGAGAAGAACGUGCCCAAAGGCACGGUGGACGAGUUCUCGGGGGCAGAACAGCUGAACAAGCUCCGAGGAGAAGAAGAGUUCUUCUCCGGACCCAGUUUCGAAACCAUCUCUGCUAGCGGCCUGAAUGCUGCCCUGGCCCACUACAGCCCGACCGAGGAGCUGCACCGCAAGCUGUCCUCAGAUGAGAUGUACCUCGUGGAUUCUGGGGGGCAAUACUGGGAUGGAACAACAGACAUUACCAGAACAGUCCACUGGGGCACCCCCUCUGCUUUCCAAAAGGAGGCGUACACCCGCGUGUUGAUAGGCAAUAUCGAUCUGUCCAGACUCGUCUUUCCUGCUGCUACAUCAGGGCGAAUGGUGGAAGCCUUUGCCCGCAAAGCCUUGUGGGACGUUGGGCUCAAUUAUUAUCACGGGACAGGCCAUGGCAUUGGCAACUUCCUCUGUGUGCAUGAGUGGCCAGUGGGAUUCCAGUCCAGCAACAUUGCCAUGGCCAAGGGCAUGUUCACUUCCAUCGAGCCUGGUUACUAUCAGGAUGGAGAAUUUGGGAUCCGUAUUGAAGAUAUAGCCCUUGUGGUAGAAGCAGAGACCAAGUACCCAGGGACCUACCUGACCUUUGAAGUGGUGUCCUUUGUGCCCUAUGACCGGAACCUCAUCGAUGUCAGCCUGCUAUCCCCUGAGCAGCUCCAGUACGUGAACCGCUACUACCAGACCAUCCGCGAGAAGGUGGGACCCGAGCUGCAGCGGCGCCAGCUGCUGGAGGAGUUUGCAUGGCUACAACAGCACACAGAGCCCCUAUCUGCAAGGGCCCCGCACAGCGCUUCCUCGGUCUCUCUGUCGGCAGUCUCCGCUCUUGCCAUCCUCAGCUGGAGUGUCUAGAGGCUCGGGGAUCCCCUGCUGACCCUCUCGCUCAGCUCCCCUCACCCUGCACCACCCAUGCCCCAAGAGCCCCAAGAGCCCACUGCCUGGAAACUAUUGCCCUCAGCCUCCUUCUCCAGGACCAAGCCCUGGGGAUGCAGGGCUCCUUGGCCCCAGGCAGGCCCCACUCUGGGCUGGUACACCUCACCCCAGCCCCAGGAUAGGAAAGCCAGCUAGUCCCUCCCCCCCUCUCCCCGUGAGCCCAAAAGGCCUAACCUAUAACCUGGUAGAGCCUGCUGCCACUGCUCUCCCCCCAAAAAAGGCCAAUAUGGCAGUGCCCUACCCCAGGGCCACCAUGGCCCUGGGAGCCCUCCCUGUCACCACCUGCUGGAUAUAACCAGAGCUGUUCCCACCCAUGCCUGUUCCUGAAUUCUUGGUCUUUGCAGGCCCUUGAGGCUGCCUCUGGCCUACUUAUCCUCAGCCCCGCAAUGGCCUCCACAAUGGCUGCAGCCCACGGACUGAAGAAACAAGGAGCUCCCUGCUGUGCCUGUAGAGGGAGAGGAAGGGAGGGUGGCUGAGUCCUCUGGUUGCAUACUGCUAUCCCAGGGUCAGGGAGACCCAUCAGAGAAGGGGCACAUAGAGCAGCCCCCUCCAUGUGUGAGCCCAUCACUCCUAAACCAGGGGGGGCUCCAUGCCAACUGACAGGAUACGGAGUUACACCAUGGGAAUUUGGCCGUGGGGUAGGAGGGAAUGCAGGGUGCCCUCUGGAAUAGGACCCUACCCGAGGGUGGGAACUGCCUGAGCAGUGGGGCCCAGUCACUAUCCCAGACUUCCCAGCACGUGGGUAGCCCUUUUGACUUUCCGAAGUGCAGCCACAGUAUCCUCCGGUAUCCUUGGAUGGCCUUUAACUUGGGUGGGCACAGUCUGGUUUCCCCAUUUUAUAGACAGGAAAACCGAGCUCCGGCCAGGAGUAGGACCUGCCCAAGGACCCAUAGUGUUUGGGUGGGAGAUGCUGGGGCCAGAAUGGGCCAGCAGUCCAGCUCUUUUGUCCUUCAGCACCACACAGAAUCCCUUAGCCUGCCUCCCAGCCCCCUCCUCAUUCGCUGAGCUCACUGGGGGGUGGGGGCGGUGAGAAGAGUUUUCUCUGGCCAGCCCAGCCGUUAGCCACCUGGGCUCACAUCCUGCUAGAUGCUUAAAACAGCCUGGCAACGAAGCCUGCCUCUGGGUUUUGCAUUGUGUCUGCUGUGUUGCCGGGGACUGCUGUACCUGUGGCUUUUGU